AUGGGUUUCUUUGGCCGCACUAACAUGCUUCAAUGCAUUCUCAGCCUCUUAUUCGUGGAUUUGUGGCUGCAUGAAAACCUGGAAGCGCAGCAGCCCGAUAUGUGUGGUCUGGACCAGAGAGUUGAGGCUUUCCGCCUUUUCGCAUCUUACAGACAGCAGGACAUCCGCCUAGCGAAAAAGGAAUGCGAAAAAAGAAUCGAAAUCAACGAUGAGACUUCGCAGCAGUCUCCAUUGGCCAAGACCCAGCCUGUCAGCUUGCCCCUUGCCCCAUCCAUCGUGGGGUCCUGUCGCCCGCCCCCUGAGUCGGUCUAGGGAUAGGGGGUAUGUAUUUAUACUUCGUAUGACGAGACCGAAUGUGACGUCGCUUUGCAGCAGAACCCUGCGAAGCACACGUGUAUAUGGACCGAAAACUCUGUCAGUCUCUUCUUUUCCCUCUUCCCUCCUACCUACCUAGGUAGGUUGUUGGCUGAGCUGGAGAAUGUCCUUG